UUGAGAGGUACCGCUGUUGUGGGGACGGUUCAGUUCGCCGCGGUUUUUUUUUUUGGUUGUUCUUCCCACGCCUCCUGCCGCCUCAGGACCGGCUCGUCUUCCGACGGUCCCGGCUCGGGAUGGCCUCCAGCUACAAGAAAGCACCAAUGGUGGCUCCACCUCAGAGGAAGAAGGCAGCUCCCAAGACUGAGCUCACUGAAGAGCAGAGACAGGAGAUUCGAGAGGCAUUUGAUCUGUUUGAUACUGAUGGCACUGGGAACAUUGAUGUGAAAGAGUUGAAGGUUGCCAUGAGAGCACUCGGGUUUGAACCUAAGAAAGAUGAGAUCAAGAAAAUGAUCUUAGACAUUGACAAGGAAGGAACUGGAAAGAUUGCUUACAGUGACUUCGUAGGAGUGAUGACCCAGAAAAUGGCUGAAAAAGAUUCAAAAGAAGAGAUUCUGAAAGCCUUCAAGCUGUUUGAUGAUGAUGAAACUGGCAAAAUCUCUUUCAAAAACCUCAAACGUGUGGCCAAAGAACUGGGGGAGAAUCUUACAGACGAGGAGCUACAGGAAAUGAUUGAUGAAGCUGAUCGAGAUGGAGAUGGAGAGGUCAAUGAGCAAGAGUUCUUACGAAUCAUGAAGAAGACCAGCCUCUACUGAGAUGCUUGGCAUCUUGUGUGUGCGGUUUUUGUUUUGUUUUUUAAUCUCAUCAUGGUUUUGUUGCCUGAGUUUGACCUCCGUGGUGCUUGUUCUGGAAGGAAUCAGCAGCAGCUGAUCUCACUAGCUUUGUGAGAUACCCCUCACAUUUUUUAUGCCCGUGUCCUUCUCUAUUGACUCCACCUCCACCACAAUCUCCUAAUAGUGUGCUUCAGAUCCAUCUUUUAUAUUUCAAACAGUCAUGUGAAAUUGAUUCCUUGGUUGAGCUGCCUUUUGAAGGAGGUUGUGUACUUGCACACUGGACUUACAUGCAAGGAAGUUUUUUUUUGUUUUUUGUUCUUUUUGCCAGAGACAAUUUAGGUAUUCUCAGAAACAAGGAUGUUUCUUUUUUAAAACUUGUUUUGAAUUAUCCGAAGCUUGCAUUGUAUGGCGCUUGGUACUUGCCAAAGUGAAAAGACGCCAAAGAGUGGAUAGCUCCAGUUCUGCUUCUGCACCUAUUCCACAUUGGUCGUUCCCUGCCUUCUAGGAGGUGACUUGAUUCUGGAUGUUGAGGUUGAAAUGCAGUGCCUGCAGUAUUUAAGCCUUGAUUUAAAAGAAAACAGUGUACUUACUUAUUAGCCUUUACACUUUUUCAAAAAGCAUUGAAUGUAAAAUUGGUGUGUUUUUAAUCCCUGAAUUGGCUGGAAAGAGCCUGUAACAGUUCUUCCAAAUGCUUAUGGUUUGUGUUGCUGAAAUGUAAAAGAUGACAUAAAAUAGUUCAUGACAGCAAA